AUGGCUCGACCAACUCUUGAAGGUCUUCCCGUGGAGCUUAUGAUUCUCAUUUUAUUCCGGUUGCCAGACGGCAACACGUUCAAAUCUCUCGUGUAUGCGUCACCCGAUUAUCACCAGGCCUACCUCACAGUGAGAUAUCAACUGCUCAGACUUUUGGUGAGACGCCAACUUGGCGGACUUCUCGAUCUAGCAGAAGUGUUCACUGCUAUACGAUCUCAAGGUGUGCAUUAUGCCUAUCAGGAUGAGAACGUAAUUGCCUUGUUGGACAACUGGCGACGCAAAGAUGAAAUUCGCGAGCUCAAAUCGUCGAAACAACCAGACGAGCCUGAUAGCCCAGAGGAAAUCAUUAAACGAUUUCGAUUUUAUCGAAUGCUAUUUUUCUUCCUCGAGGACAUCUCAAUUAACGCACCCAGGCCCCCAUGGAUCCAGCCUAUUCAAUGGGAAAGCGAAUAUCUGCCUUUACAUUUGUCAAUUUUCGAAAAACGCCGCUUCCUAAGAGCAAUGUGUCGCUUUCAAAUUCUUAAAAACCUCUUUGGAGAUCCAGUCUAUUGCUUUGACCGCGUAAAGUGUGGCAAAUGCGGGGACAGAAACAAGUUCUGGCAAUUAAGAGAAUGCAAUGACCUCCAGACUGUUUGGGAGGAGGCAUAUCGGUUAUUCUAUGGCACAAUGCCCCUUUGGGAACACGAUGAAAUGGGCAGUGUCUUUAUGUAUCUGGUUUCCAAGUACGAGGGGAUCUCUAAGGAGAUAACAGAUGACUUACGGCAGCUCAGCAAAAAUACAUCAUCCAGAUUCUUUUGGGACAUCCUUCCCAAAGAGCAACGGCCACCUCCCUGUGAAAUUGAGAGUGAAAGAGACCUUUUUCACUUUAACCAGCAUUAUGAAGGACUUGCCGGACUAGGGCCUGAGUUCCUCUACCGCAUUCUCCAUAUGGACUGGCUAACUCGACGUAACCUUGUUUGCGUCAAUACCAGAAGCUUCUGGCCGGGCCCAUUUAUUGGGUAUGGGACCGAGAUCUUGCAGGACAUUCAAUUCCAAUUUAUCGGUCCAGCGGAUCGGUAUGAAUGUCCAAACUUUGAGCAAUUCUGGUCUACUUUAUCACCUCUUGAACAGCCUACCGUGGGUUGGAAGAAAGCAUGGCUACGCCCUCACAACCAGGAAGAUAUUCUUGAGGAUUCUUUUAAUUUCAAUCGAGAGCUUGAUGAGGAUUGGGGAUGGUGUUACGCGCUUUGGGAUGAGAAUAGACUGAAGGAAUGGAAAGCGCCGUUGGUAGUCGAGCAAGGUUCGCUUGAUUAG